GCGUGUGUAGAGUUCGUUCAUUCUAUAUUUAGAGUGCGUUCCUGAUGCCAGCACUGAAAUGAUGUUUCUUCUCACUUGAUUUUAUAUUAAAUAAAUGCAAAAAAAUUGUUUUAGAAUAUUUUUCAAAUCAAAUUUCGAUAUUGAACUUUUUUUUCAUUGAAUAUCAAUUUAAUUCAAAACCAAACGCUUCAUACAGCAACCGUAAGUCACAUUCAAAUGUUCAAAUGUUCCAAGUGUGCGAGCAUUAACAGUAUGUUUGUGUGGAGACAAUCGGUUUGAAAUGUCAAACCAAAACCAUUUGUUUCAUUUCUUAACGGAUUUCAUAUGAACAAGCAUUUGCAGUAGUAAAAAAGUGGUACGAAAAUUGCAACAAAGAAUCGUUCUGGUAUUGUUUUGUGUUUAUAUUUUGAAAAAAGAACAUUGUUCAUUUUUGUGUUUGGUCUGAAUUUUGGUUUUUAAAAUGGUUUGCUAAAUGGAUUUUUAUCGAUAAAAAAUAUUUAUGAAUCAAGUGUUCGUUUGAAGUGUUUGAGUUAGAAAAAAAAUUAAAGUUUCUGUUAAGCUGAACGAAAAAUAUGGAUUUUGAUACAGCCAAAGAAAAUAUUCAGCCAUUGGCUAGUGGUCGCAAUGCUGAGCACUUGGAAACAGCGUUGCAUGCGGAAUCGGAUCAUGAAAUUCAGGAGAAAUUGCAUGAACAACGACGUGAAUUUGAGAAGGCUAUAGAAAGAUACGAAGGAGAUGAUCCACUGCAGCCAUGGUACGAUUACAUUGUGUGGGUUGAGCAAAUUUACCCAAAGAGUGGAAAAGAAUCGGCGCUCCACGAAUUGCUGUCAAAGUGCUUGGCUUUGUUUGAACGUGAUGAACGGUAUUUCCAAGACAAACGAAUGUUGAAACUUUAUAUCAAAUAUAUCGAUUCAGAGCCGAAUCCGCCGCAAUUCUACGAGCAACUGUACAACAAUGGCAUUGGCACAAUGAUAGCCGAUUUGUAUUUGUGUUGGGCACAUUACUACGAUUACUGUGACAAUUUUGAAAAGGCCGAAGCCGUGUAUCAAAAGGGUUUAGAUGCUCGAGCCCAGCCAAUUGAGUUGCUACAGCAAGCUCAUCGUCAAUUCGGAUUCUUAAUGUCCCAACGGAUUUUGUACAAAGAUGAAUCGACACAAAGAGAAUUCCGAUCCACAAUGGAUGAGCAACGAUUGGCGUUGACCUCGUUGAGAGCGCACAAACAUCGGCAUGUUGGCAGUAUUCGAACGGGUUCAGCGGUGAAAAGCUACAACCCGGGCCGUGUCGAUCAACAUGGAUCAUCGAGUCAACAGAAGGAAAACCGAAAGGUGCAGGUAUUUGAAGAGAAUGGAGAAGGGGCAGCAUUCGCUCCAACAUCACCAACUGCUUCAACAUCGGUCGUUCAAUCGAUCAUCAAUAGUACCAAGAAACAGGAGAAUAUGCGUGAGCCAGGGCCAUGGAAUAAGGCAAAGAUAAAAUCUCAUGCGCUAUUCAGUGGCAGUUCAUCGAAGCCAUCAUUUUCGAUAUUGGAAGAUGACGGAAUUCCGCCAAUUCUAUUGCCUGACAGUGAGAACAAUUAUGCUCGUGGCAUUCAAUUGCCCAAAGAAUUUGUGCGAAAAAAUUUGCCACAAGAAGAAUUUGCAUUUCCGUUGCAUCGCGACGAAGAACCAGCCAAGAAUACAUCAUAUAAAUACGACAAAUUCAUGGUAUUCCCAGCACCUAAUAAAUGCUAUUCGCUGGAAGAGCUCAGCGCAUACAAAUGGUUCAAAAAACGCAACAUUAAGAAUGACUUCACUCGAACCCAAGACACCGUUUGGGAGAAUGGAUAUAAUAUUCCAAUUCGUAUACCGCCACAUUUUGCUAGCAAAAAUCGGAAGCAAGACGAUUUGGAUUUAGCUCCGAUCAUUGUCGAGGAAGCGCUAUCCAAUGGGCAGCGAAAAUUCGGAUUCAACAUUAAUUUGAUUUACACAGCGAAUGAGGAAUAUUCACCGGAAGAAAUUCUGCAAUCGAAAUGGCUUAACGGUGAAUUGAUCAGUCAAAAAGAGGCCGAAAUGGAUAUCACUUGCGGUUUUGAGCGUCGUGAAGACAACUACAUUCGUAAUGCGAAACGCAGAUCAAUGGCAUUGGGUGGCCGCAAAUCGAUUCUGCCACGUAGAUCACAAUCACCGACACGACGAUCGAUUAGCGGCAGAAAAUCCAUCGCGCCAACAGAACUAGCGACAGUGGAAGAGAAAGCACAAGAGGCAAGUUCGUCGAGUGUCGAUGUGGCAACGGGAGCGGUCAAGAGAUCAAGUUUGCCAAAGCGAAAGAGUGUUUACAUGGCACGACCACUUGACGCGUUGACCACAAUACCUGAAACAGCGUCACCACCAAUUUCCCGCCGAAGACUAAACGACGACGAGGAAAUGGCUGAGAGUCAUCACAAGCCGAAUCCGGUAAAAUUCAACAUUUUUGAAGACAACGAACGAAAAGACACCGAAAAUGAUGAUAAUAUUUUCAAAGUGCCACAAUCGCUUCAGAAACCCGGUACAUCGUUGUCAGUGUUUCAGGAUGAAGAUUUGGACGGUUGCACCACACAAACAUUCAACUUCUUCAUCAAAUCACAGUCAAUCAGUACCCCAAAAGUAUCAAAACCUGCAGCCAAAAUGGCAGAUCCCGAUAGUGUCGUAGCAAAAGGGCUUUCUUUCGGAAGUGACAGUGAUGAAUCACCAUCUGCCGAUCAAAAUGAGGGCACUGGCAAGCAGCCAUUCGGUUUGAGAUCCGUCGAUGUUGAUCAACAGUAUAUCUUGGCCGAACAACAUGAUAUUUAUCGCCAAAAAUUGUCGGCCAUCAUGGAAACGACCGAAGAAUGUGCAACGGCUUCGACGGUUUCAUCGUUGGCUGCAACAGCAUCGAGCAAAUCGUCGUCGGUUGAAGAUUUUGAUUUCACAAAACACAGCAAUCACCAGUCAUCGGUGGCGGCAAUGUCAACGUAUCGCCAUCAAACAAUCAUCAACAGCACCACCGCCAAAAUGUCAUCAUCGAAUGUAUCGAGUAUGCAUCGUGAGAACGAAUCGCGAAAAGUGUCGGCAUUGGGUUUUGAAAUUUAUCAAGAAGAAGCACCAAAAGCGAAUGAUACUGUGGCAAGCCAAGCGCAAGUGAAUGUAACCAAAAAUAGCGAUUUGUCCAAACCGUUUGUAGUGCAACCGGAUAAUUUUGAUAAAACUUUGCCACCGGCUGGCCAAUUUCAUAUUUAUGAAGAUGAGACGGAGGAAGAAACUGAAACCGUUAAAAUUCAACCGUCGAAAAAAGAAAAUUCAGUUGCGUUCAAGAAGGCCGAGUUAUCAAACUGUCCUGAUCAAUCUGUGUUUGAAAUAUCCCAAGCCGAAACCGCAGCAUCAAGUUGGAGCUCGAAGACACUCACAAACAACGAUGUUUCUUCUACUCGUCGCGUAAGUACUGCCGUUCCAACGGCUGAAAAUCCUCAAGAUUCUACGUUAACAACUCCCUCGAUUCCAUCACAAAUCUCACCGAAAUCGACAUUCCAAAUGAUGCGCGAAGAUACUGGCUUGACUCUUCCAAUGAUCAACUUUGUUGAAGAGCAAACCGAACAAUUGCCUCCCAUUUUCAACGGCAAUCAAACCAAUUUCACACAAUCAAUACCGCCAGCGUUCGAAGCACCCUCACUUUACAUGCCCGAAAUUCCGCAUGAUACCACGAAAAACACGUCGAAAUUGUUCAAAGCGAACGCGUCACGAGUUGAACCACCACCGCCACCACCACCAGCAGUUGAUCAAUCGGCUGUGUAUAAUCAGUCGGUAUUCAUUUUCCCCAGAGAGGACACCACCACAAAUGUGUUUACUACAAAUUUUGCACCGGACAAAACUGAAACCGCACCAAAGCUACCGAAUCCAUUGCAAAUGAGCAUGGUCAUAGGGAAUUUGAGUGCUUUUCCCAUGAUUCCGGAGAUGCCGACGUUGCCCGAAAUCGACUUUGCUGGUGAAGCAUCAAAGAAUGCAUCCACGAUCAAUGAGAUGCAAGCAAUGAAUCAGACUAAAGCUGAAACAACAUUGAAAAUUGAUAAAAGCAUUGCGGAUCAGUCACUUUUCUAUGGUUUUCGUGACGAUACAGGCGUGGCCGUCAACCAGAGCAAUGUGACUUCAAAUAAAUCAACGGUUGGCCGUAAUAGGAUGCUCGUUGAAUCGAAUACAAAUGAAGUGAGUAAAGUGAAUGUUUCAAAGCCAAUUGAUAAAACUCUUACCGCUCCGCCGGUUAUCGAGGCAACUAAAUCAAUCUUCAUUGUGCAAGACGAAGAAAAAGAAAAUGAACAAAUGGAAAAUGUGCCGGCAAAGAGUUGCAUUGCAAAUAAAUCGAUGGCGAACAAAUCGAAAGCGAGUAUCGACGAUGAGUUGUAUGCUAUGAUCAAUUCGCCACCGAAACAAGCACAAGCAGAAUCACCACCAAGCCCAGUGGCCGAUAAAUCCAUAUUUGGCAUUAAAUCAUUGGUUGUGGAAAGAAUGGAGAAAUCACGAACGGCUAUUGAUGAGGAAAUUCAUGCGAUCAUCAGUCCAAGCGCAAAGAUUUUACCCGAAGAUGAAACUGGAAGCGCAAUCGAUUGCAAUAAGUCGGUAUUUUCGAGAUCUAGGCCAAAUAUCGAUGAUGAAUUUUAUGCAAUGAUCAAAUCACCAAUCACACAGAAGGACAACACACUGCCAAAGCCGAUAUUAAUUCUUGACACACCACCAAGUCCAGCAAUUCCGCAACUAAAACGAGAGUCUGUCAUAGCGGAAAGGAAAACACUCCAUCAGAUCUCAUCGUUGCGAAAUCCGUCGAUGUCUUUGUUGGAACCAAUAAAGCACACUUCGGCACGCGAAUCAUUGACACAAGACAUUCAAAAUGCGCCAAGUCUUCAACGUAGUUCCAGCAUUGAGUUGCCACGAGCAUUUUCGGAGGAUAAUCCAAACACAGCCAUGUUCUCAAUUCAUAUGCCAUCGAUUAAAAACUCAACCAUUUUGCACAGUUCGAAGGAGAACAUCAAUGAGGCUACUGAUGAAUUGAAAACGAGUUCGGUGAUCAAGAAAGAAAAAUCGAUGGCCAGGAUACUGGAGCAAUCAACGAGACAAAAUCAAACCAAGCUGCCGAAUGUAAUGGCUGAAGGAAAUGUUGCAACAUCCAAUAUAGCAACAAGCAGUCGUGAUGUGUCAGCAGUUAACAUAACAACCGACUUAAAAGUCAAUUCGAUUCACAUCAAGGAGGAGCGUUUGAGCAUUCCGAACAAAACUGUCGUCGCCGAGAAGAGUCGACCCAACAUCGACGAUGAAAUAUACGAGUGUAUAAAAGACAAAGACUCCGUUGUAAAUGGUUUUCUUGAUCUCAGCAUUGAAUUGACCGAAGCCGAAAUGCAAGAGCUUGGAUCAAAGGCGGCGUUUGUGCCGAAGCCAGGUCCGGGUUUUCUGAUAGGUAAUCCAGUUUCGAUUCGUCCGAGUCAAUUUCCAAUGAAUCGAACGGUAAAUGACACCAAAUUCGAUGAUACAUUCGCCAAAGAUGAAGUUCAAACCAUCGAAAAAUCAUUGAAAGAGUUUCAACUGAGUCCGCCGAAGGUAGAAAUUGUCAUCGAAAAACCAGAAGACGCCUCUCUGAUUGUCGUUGAAGACACCGAAGAUUUGUCAGCCGUAUGCAAAUCAGCAGCCAAUCGAACACGCCGCGAAACGGUGCACAGCCCAUUCAAAAAUCGUUAUGCAACCAAUCCCAAGCUGAAUGAAACAAUCAGCGCGGUCAAAGACAUUGAUCCGUUUGAUACUCAUUUGCAAAAUGCCUUUUUGGACGAUAUCGAUUUUAUUGAAUACAUCCGAAGCCUGCAAUAUGUUCACAUUACGACUAGAGUCGGAGCCAUCGAAUUGAACACACAAUUGGAAAUUGGCAACGAAACAUUCGACAUUGUUAAGCAAAUUGGGAAAGGAAGCUUUGGAUUUGUGUACAGUGGUAAAAAUUCAAAAACCGGACAAAUGUAUGCAUUCAAACAAGAGCGGCCGGCGAACCACUGGGAAUUUUACAUAUCACUGGAGAUAGCCAGUCGAAUUGAAGACCCGAAAAUGGUGGCUGGAUUCAUGUCGGUGGAAUACGCAAUGGUCGGUCAUAAUUCAAGCAUUUUCGCCUCCGAAUUCUGCGAAUAUGGUUCAUUGUUCAACGUUUGCAAUCAUCAUAAAUCAAACACUUGUCGCAAUUUGGAUGAGGUCAUUGUAAUGAUCUUUUCCGAACAGAUGCUCUCGAUUCUCGAUCAUUUGCAUGCUUCGAACAUCAUUCACGGUGACAUCAAACCGGACAACUUUUUGCUCAUGAGAAGACUGUCGUACGGAAGCAAUGAUCUGGUCAUCAAAUUGAUUGACUACGGACGUUCGAUUGAUUUGAACUUCUUCCCGCCGAAUCAAACAUUCACAUCGACCUUGAACACAAGGAACUUCAUUUGCACCGAAAUGCUGGAGAAUCGACCAUGGAAACAUCAAGUUGACCUGUUUUGCCUGGCGAGCACAAUGUACACUUUGGUCUGUGGCAAAUAUAUGAAUAUCAAGAAACACGAUAGCCUCAUUCGUCCAUACGUGCUAUCCGAGCAGUUGCCGUCUUAUGUAGAUGUGGCACUGUGGGAACAUGUGCUCUACACACUGAUCAACGUACGUGAUUACAACGCGCUACCCGACCUACAGAAGCUUCGAUUGCGAAUACGUGAAUCUGUGGUCGAAAAAGAGGCAAUCAUUGAAGAUCGCAUUGCCAAAUUCAACGCAGUUUUAGAUAAUAAAUUUUAAUAUGAAUCGAAAAUUUGAAUUUAAGACGAUAUGAAUAUGGAAUUUGAAUAUAUAGAAGCAACAUUAAGUUUUAGAGAAACGAGGAAUGAGAUUAAAAACAGAGAGAAUUUGGCUAGAUCCAUAAUUCUGUAUGUGUCUCAGCCAAAUUGAUGAUGAAAUUUGCUAUAUCAUUUAAAUUAAAAUGCUUACCCAAUUCGGUGCAAAUUUUUGACACCAACGACAAAUGCCCUAAUUCCGAGAAAGUUUCUCCAUUCGUUCUAUUCAAAAAAGGUGUCGAAAUUUUCACAUCAAAUUAUUUCUUUGAAUGUUCGUUCGGUGCAACCUUAAUUGAUUUCAAUACAAAAAGAAAAUACCACAUCUUUAAAAUGUAAAUAAAAGACUUAAUUAUUGGAUGAUAGAGCACGAGAUAAUUACAAUAUAUUAGAGAGAAUUUCAUUUAACAUUUCAAUAAACACUACUUUUUGAGACCGAAA